AUGCUACGGCACCACCACCAUCACUGCCAUCUCCACCUCCUCCUCUUCCUCCUCAUUCUCCUACCCCCUCCACUUAUCCUUUGCCUAAACCAAGAGGGCUUGUACCUCCAGCGAGCCAAGCGCAGCUUCGACGACCCAAACGGCGCCCUCUCCGACUGGAACUCCGGUGAUGACACCCCCUGCAACUGGAACGGCGUCGUUUGCGACUCCUCCACCGGCUCCGUCAUUUCGCUGGACCUUUCCAGCUCCAGCCUCUCCGGUCCGUUCCCUUCCAUCGUCUGCCGCCUCAACAGCUUAUCCUUCAUUUCCCUCUACGACAACUUCAUCAACUCCACUUUACAGGAGGACGAACUCGCUCUGUGCCGGUCGGUGGAGCACCUCAAUUUGGGGCAGAACUACCUCACCGGCGCGCUUCCCCAAACGCUAGCUGAUCUCCCGAACUUGAAAUACCUCGAUUUGACAGGAAAUAACUUUUCCGGCUCAAUCCCCAACAGUUUUGGGACCUUCCAGAAACUCGAGGUGCUUUCCUUGGUUGAGAAUUUGCUCGAAGGCACGAUUCCGGCGUUUCUCGGGAAUUUAUCGACGUUGAAGCAGCUGAAUCUCUCGUACAACCCGUUUGCUCCGGGUCGGGUACCGCCGGAGCUGGGGAACCUCACCAAUCUGGAGGUGCUGUGGCUGACUGAGACUAAUUUAAUCGGCGAAAUACCCGAUUCGCUGGGUCGACUUGGGCGGCUGACAGAUUUGGACCUCGCUUACAACUCGCUCACCGGUCCCAUACCGAGUUCGAUCACCGAGUUGGCCAGCGUUGUCCAGAUAGAGCUGUACAAUAACUCGCUGUCUGGCGAGUUGCCCAGCGAGGGUUGGUCGAGGAUGAAAUUUUUGAGGCGGCUCGACGCGUCCAUGAAUGGCCUGACUGGGACGAUCCCCGCCCAGUUGUGCGAGUUGCCGCUCGAGUCGCUUAAUCUUUACGAGAAUGACCUGCGAGGUGAGUUGCCGGAAGCCAUUGCAGCUUCUCCCAACUUGUAUGAACUGAGGCUUUUCCAGAAUAAAUUGUCCGGAGCUUUACCUGCGAAUCUCGGUAAAACCUCGCCGUUACGGUGGAUUGAUGUCUCAGCCAACAAAUUCAUCGGCCGAAUACCAGAAGGAUUGUGCAGUAAAGGGGCUCUGGAGGAGCUUUUGCUGAUUGACAAUUCAUUUUCCGGCGAGAUCCCGGCGAGUCUAUCUGAAUGCCGGAGCUUGUUGCGGGUGAGAUUAGCCCACAACAGCUUCUCCGGCGAGAUCCCUGCGGGAUUCUGGGGACUUCCACACGUUUCGCUUCUUGAGCUCACAGGUAAUUCCUUCUCCGGUGGAAUUGAAAAAAGUAUUUCCGGUGCCUCCAAUUUAUCUCAGUUGAUUUUAUCAGGGAACAACUUCUCCGGUAGCUUACCGGAGGAGAUCGGGUUUUUGAGUAGUUUGCUUGAGAUUUCUGUUAACGACAACAAAUUAUCAGGGUCCUUACCAAGUAGCAUUGUGAAACUUGGCCAAUUAGUUAAGCUAGAUCUCCAUAAUAAUCAGUUGUCCGGUGAGCUACCAAGUGGAGUUCAUUCAUGGAAGAAGCUAAAUGAGUUGAAUUUGGCGCUAAAUGGUUUUUCCGGUAACAUUCCAGACGAAAUCGGGGAUUUAUCCGUCUUAAAUUACCUCGAUUUAUCGGGAAAUCAGUUCUCCGGUAAAAUCCCCCUUGGAUUGCAGAACCUGAAGCUCAAUCGCCUAAAUUUGUCGGAUAACCAUCUCUCGGGCUAUAUUCCACCUCUGUACGAAAAGUCCAUGUACAAAGAUAGCUUUUUAGGAAAUCCGGGUUUGUGUGGGGAUAUUGAGGGUCUUUGUGACAGAAAAGACCCAGGCAACAAUACAGACUACGCGUGGCUAUUGAGAUCGAUAUUCGUGUUUGCUGGCUUGCUCCUCAUUGUUGGUCUGAUCUGGUUCUACGCCAAGUACCGUAAAUUCAAGAAGGUUAAAUCGAUGGAAAAAUCAAAAUGGACACUCAUGUCAUUCCACAAACUGGGAUUUAGUGAGAACGAGAUUUUAGAUGCCCUGGAUGAGGACAACGUGAUGGGAACUGGCUCAUCCGGCAAGGUCUACAAGGUUGUCCUAACCAAUGGAGAGGCAGUCGCCGUGAAAAAGCUGUGGGGCCGCCCAAAGUCUGCCGAUCAGGAGAACUGUGACUUGGAGAAAGGGAGUUCAAAUUUUCCGGACGAUGGCUUUGGUGCUGAGGUCGACACAUUGGGGAAAAUCCGGCACAAGAACAUCGUGAAACUGUGGUGCAGUUGUACCACGAGGGACUGCAAGCUGUUGGUGUACGAGUACAUGCCUAACGGAAGUUUGGGGGAUUUACUCCACAGCACGAAAGGUGGAUUGCUCGGUUGGCCUAUCAGGUUUAAGGUGGCCAUGGAUGCAGCCGAGGGGCUCUCUUACCUCCACCACGACUGUGCGCCCCCGAUCGUUCAUAGGGACGUGAAAUCAAAUAAUAUAUUGCUCGAUGCUAAUUAUGGGGCGCGUGUUGCGGAUUUUGGGUUGGCCAAGGCAUUUGAAGUGAAUGCCAAGGGUACUAAGUCGAUGUCCGUCAUUGCUGGGUCUUGCGGCUAUAUUGCUCCAGAAUACGCGUACACGCUCCGGGUGAACGAAAAGAGCGAUAUUUACAGUUUCGGGGUGGUAAUUCUUGAGCUGGUGACACGAAAGCUCCCGGUGGACCAUGAGUUCGGGGAGAAGGAUUUGGUUUCGUGGGUGUGCACCACACUGGAUCAGAAGGGGGUGGACCAUGUGAUCGACCCGAAGCUCGAUUCUUGUUUCAAGGAUGAAAUAUGCCGAGUCCUUAACAUAGGCCUCCUCUGCACGAGCCCACUUCCCAUCAACCGUCCCUCAAUGAGACGAGUGGUCAAGAUGCUCCAAGAGAUUGGCGGCGGCAGCAGCAACAACCAACACAAGGCUGCUGGGAAAGACGGUAAAUUGACGCCUUAUUACUAUGAAGAUGCAUCCGAUCACGGGAGUUUACCUUAA